UUUUCGAGCUCGGCCUAUGGUGAUACGCUUCAAUGGCCUGUGCUCUUGACAUGAGCCAAUAGGGGUCCUUGAGGCAUGAGGAACUGGGGCCUGUUCGGUCGUUCGGCAGGGGUUGGGGCAUUCAGCUCAACACUUUCCUCGGACGCUAACCACUGAAGAUCGAUCCCUUACGGUCCGUGAGCACCCCCCUCUAUAAUGAGCCUGGACUGGCGCCUCCCAGCUGAAAUUCUCCCCCAGAGGCUGUUGCGUUGCGACCCGACGCAGUUAUAUCAGGUAGAAAUACCGCGAGCCGUCAGGAGCCCACCUAACUGGAGCUUCCUUCAAAAUCUUCCGCCUACUAACACAAGAUGUCGACCGUUCAAGACCUGCUCAAGCAGUACUCGGGUCAGAUCGUCCCGUUUUCGUUCCACGCCGGGUUCGUUAGCCUGAGUUACGUUGUCAGUCUGAUUGGGGCCGGUUCGACGCUAGAGUUAAUCAGUCGACGGACUUCUCACAAGGGCAUUCAUAACCAAAUCUUGCUAGCCGGUGCCGCCAUUUCUAUGGGAGGGAUUGCAAUAUGGUCCAUGCACUUCAUCGGAAACAGAGCAAUCUAUAUUCUUGACGGAGAAGAGGAGCUCCAAAUCGCCUACUCUACCCGGUUGACCAUCCUCUCGUUAUUCGUGCCUAUUCUCCUGCUGCUACUUGCCUUCCUCGUCGUUAGCAGCAACGAUCGCAUGCGUUGGUCGCGUAUCGGUUUAUCAGGCUCCCUAUCCGGCGUUGCCAUCUGUGGUAUGCACUAUCUCGGCAAUGCUUCCAUUAACAACUACUGCUGUAGCUACCAAACUGUCUAUGUCGUCGUCGCGGCGCUGAUCGCGGUUGCUGCGAGCACCACGGCACUAGCGCUAUUCUUUGUCUUCGACGCUGCUUGGACGAACGCGUGGUGGAGGAGGGUCGGAUGUGCCAUGGUGCUCGCGGGGGCUGUGUCCGGGAUGCACUGGUGUGCCGCCGCUGGGACGAGGUAUACGUUGUUGCACCUGUAUUCCCCCAGAAACGGGAUGUCCCGCGAUACCACCAUCAUCGUGGUUAUCUGCCUGUCCGUCGGAGCAUUUAUUGUCAUGGGCGUUAGUUGGAUCUACUCCGCUUGGAUCAGAAGAGGCUAUGCCAGCAAAGCACAACAGAUCGUUCUCGCCGCGGCUGUGUUCGAUAAGCGAGGAAGAAUACUGGUCAGCCAAGAAGGGUUGCUACCAAGUGAGGGGGUUACAGACACAUUCCUGCAGAAGUCAAACAACGAUGUCUUCGGCACGGCCCACCCGCUCUUUCAUUGGAUGUUCCGAGCAUCUCGAAACUGGUCGAGCCUCACAAAUAUUAUUGACCGGAUGGCCGACCAUAUCGGCUAUCUUUCGCAUGCCAGGCGCAAUAACAGAACUGGAAUCAAGCUGAUGGGGGAGGAUGCCGUUGCGCUCGCGUCCAAGAUGAAAGAGAAUCUCUUAGGUGCUGGCAUUCUGUGGGACGAGGUCUUCGCAACCGGCAGCACUUCGAAACCUGUGCGUCGACCGCAGAUGGAACUCAACGAUACCGGCAAUCCCGACCCAUCUCUCCAGAAUACCAACGUCUCUAAGAAGAGACUGGAACCGGAUGAUCUGGUCGAGAAAGGAGACAACCGAAGAUACCAGGAAAACGGCCGGGGGUCUCUCAUGUUUCUAGUACGCCAUGUCGACAGCAGACGCGACGUCGAAAAACUCGAAACUGCCGGGUACCGGUUUGCCGAGUCGCACCAGGUGGUUGGCAUCAUCCGCUCGAGCAUGAAGAUCGAGAGCCCAGACCUCGGAGGAAGACUGCGCAAUAUGGCUACUCAUUCGGAGAACAACGCUAUACUCACUCCUGGAGUCUAUCUCAGUAUCUUUGCCGUCCGUGCUCGGUUGGACCACCAUGGGUUUGAUGUGCUGGUUCAAAAGAACGCUAGGAACCUGCUCCCGGCUACGAAGCUGCCGUUGGAAUAUCUCGAGCGAUGGCAGAUUGGAUUCCUCGGCCACCUUCAGCGCUUGACUACUUCGACCCUUAUACAUAAGCUGAACAUGAAAAAUCGCUCUGCCCAGGAAACCCGAUUUAUAUCCGAGCUCUGCGACGCAAUAGUUGCACUCAGGGGAUGGUUCGACGACGCCACAUUCGAGGAUGCAACGCUCAUGUCCAAGGUCGUCCAGGUGCCUUGUUCUCCGCUCGAAGAGAACUCUGGGUCGCUCGCAUGCUCUCUCAUCACAUUUCGGCUGGUGCUUCCCAUUCACGCCAGCGUCAGCUUCCCAAGGUGCGAAUUCAGCCCCCUCCAGUUCUUCAAGAUCCGUCAGCUAGCGUACGAGGGUUCGCCACACCAUGUCGCGUUCUCGCGCUCUGUACACCGCGAGCUGUCGUCUGUUCUGCAUCACGCGCCUACGGGGCCAUUGUUUGGGUCGGGAGGCCCAAGAUCCCGCGGAGGCCGCGAGGCAUCCCCUCGGCGAAGGCUGGCGAAGUUUGAUAGAUCUACGACCAGUGGUCGUACUGACAACAACGCCCGGGAAAUCCUCACGACGAGCCAGGAGCAGCUGUGGACUGUGGCGUCCAACCAUAGCUCGUCCCGCAACCGCGACCCAGGAGGCGAGAGUAGUGUUGAUCGCGACCAGAAGCCGCCGUCGAUUGGCCGCGCCGUUACGUUCGAUGACCCGAUAGCUCAUCCCAUCAAGCGCCAGCAACUAUACGGCGGCAUCAUGGUCUCGCAGGAAAUCAUGGUCGACGUUCAGGAGGUAAGUCGCUCAGUGAGCGCACGUGGGGCACACGCAAGGCGCAAGCGAGGACGCUAA